AUGAUGGGGCAGCAGGCCCAAAAUCAAGCUGCUGCUACAGCCACUGCCACUGCUACCGUCAAUGUCGUAGCCGCUGUUGCUGCCGCACCUACUGAGGUCCAACUUGGGAAAGUGAUUAGGGAGAGACCGAUGCACAAGUGCUCUGAGGAAGACAAGGUAGUCCUGGCGGUCUACCAGCUGCAAGGGAAUGCCAGCACGUGGUGGGAAGCCACCAGAGGAAGAGUAUUUUCAAAAGGCACGAUCCCGGUGUGGAACGCCUUCGUGGAAGUUUUCAAUGGGAAGUAUUUCUCUGACUGCACUAGGGAGCAGAAGAUGACAGAAUUUCAACGUCUUUGUCAAGGUCUAAUGUCUAUGGACCAGUACAAUGCAAAGUUCACCGAGCUAUCUAAGUACGCACCCAGACUGAUCGAUGAUCCAGUGGACAGAGCGAGGAGAUUCCAAGACGGACUGAGAUCAGAGAUAAAGGAUCCACUCGUGCCGUUGAAUCUGAAGGAUUACAAUGAUCUUUAUGAGAGGGCACAACUGAUCGAGAGGAACUUGAACGAACGAGCCGCCGCGUCUGGGUCGAGGUUCGGGUCUUGUAGAGAUGGUAAUCGGCUCGGGAAGAAGCUGAUGUCAGGUGGAUGA